UUCAUUGAUGUGCCGGCCGGCCGGUUAGUCACUCAAAUGGGUCAGUCUAGUGAUCGACAAUAACACGCGCGAUAUUACGAACUAUUUCGAGUUAAAAUAUAACGACUAUGACAGUUGGCUAUGUUGUUUUGACAAGCGGUGCAGUUGUAGAGCACAAAGAUUUAUACAGUAGAGUAUUUUCUUUUGAAUUGUGAUGCUGUUAAUUGUUGUGUAGUGCUUAAAAGUGCAAUGGUGUGGUGAAAUGCUUGUGGGGGAGCAGUCGCCGGCACCGCGGGUGGUGGCCGGAUUAAGAAAACUCCGCCCUGAAUUGACUCCAGGACCAAUACCAACUCUAAUAGACCCUAACAUAAGGAUAUCAGGUGCACUCCGUCAGUAUUACAACGAUGAUCUCGAGUCGUGGGUGUGGGUGCAAGUGGCCGUCCAAGGCGGGUGCUUGCUGGCGUGGCGAGACGGCACCCUGCCGAGGAGGCAGGCGGCGAGGCUGCCCCUACGUCACCUACAUCUUCGGACAGCGCCGAUGCUUCCCAACGCGUUCCAACUGUCGAGACUCCGUGACGACAUUGCCGUUGCCACAUUUCAGGCUUGCAAUGCGGCUGAAUACACGAGAUGGGUACGCGCGUUGUGCGUCGAGAUCUUAGGCCAGACGCCACUACCACAAGUUCGAUUUCUGGACGUGUUACCAGCGGCUGAUACCGCUAAUCGAGAACCAAAGAAAGAGGCCCCCCAAGAGGAGACGCCGUCAUGCCCUCCCAAACCCCCUCCGCGAGCCCGUCGGAGGUUACUAACAUCGACAGAGACUCAGUUAACGCGGAGGGAUCAUUCACCGGCCGCCACGGACGAAGGCAUCGUCGUAGAAGACGACGACUACGACUCUUCGUCCGAUCGCAGCCUCGACCUGACCCUUUCCCUUGACGCCUUAAAGACUACCGACGUGGUCGACGCGCCGGAUCGGAAAACCAAGGUCGUCAUCAAAUGUGACAGCUGUAGCAAACUGAACGCUGGCUCGGCGGUGUCGCAGCAGCACCACACUCUGCCGCGAGCCGCGAGAUCUGAGUCUGAGCAAGGUCGGCGUUACUUGAAGCGAUGGGAGGGUACGGCCGGCGGCGCGGAGCGGGGUCGUCACGCGAUCGAAGCGGCGAGACGGAAGACUGCGUCGUUGGAGACUAGAGCGAGGUCGUGUUCCCCGAACGCACACGAAGCGGUGGCGCAGUACGUGCCGGUCAAGGAACGCCGGGCGCUGUUUGAAUCGUUAUCUCGACACGGUGGGAGUCUAGCUAGGAGUACCGAGCAGCUGACGCGACCCGUGGUCCCGUCUGAGACGACGCCCCGGCGUGCCGCGUCGCUGCACGACUUGCAGGCGCCGCCGACGCGAUCAGUGAGCGAUCUUCGCCAGUUCUUCGAGGCGGUAGCGCGAGGCGCGGGCCCCGGUUGCGGCACGAGCGCCCGGCACAGCGCUCCGCCCGAAGCCCUGCCCUCGCUGACGUGCGCGUGAUACACCGCACACACUCAGAUAUGUGUGCUUAGUGUGAGGUUUUUAACGUCCUCGAUAGCGUAAAAGUUAGCCCAAAUUUGUUUACAGUUGGAACAGCGCCCCUAGCGGUAAACGUAGACAAACGUUCCAACUGCAUACAAAUUUUAGUUAACUUUUACGCUAUCGAGAACGUUAAAUAGCUCUCACUGAGCACAGUGUACAUAUUGUAAAAUGACGUUGUAGCUUUAGUUUAAUGCGUUGACCGCUAUUCUACUAAGUCGUUCGUUUUAAGACUGUUAAAAGUAUUGUUAUAAAAUCUAAUAUAAAUAAAAUGAAAUACAUUAUUGCCUA